UGAUUCGGUUGGUGGUGUCUCGAGGUUUCGUUGCUUGGUCUAUCUGACUUCAGCUUUGCUGCGUGGCUGUGGUUCUUGGGCUAGGGUUUGGUAGCCAUGGUGGUAGUGUCACUCGUCCAAGUGCCGCUCUUGCUCCAGUUUCGUUGAGCGGAGGACUUUAAUCUACAAGUCUACGCCGCACGGGCUCCUAGAAGACAUCACGUUGCAUUCACCUCAUUUAAAGUCACAUAUUUAUCUGCAUUGCUUAUCGAGGCCCAAUGGCUCCAGAUUUCCGCGCGGUCGCCCGUUGGGGCGAGCGCCUAGCUCACGCGCUCCAACGCUUCUCGAAACGCCUCCCGCGUUUCCGCCGCGAAGCCGCGCAGAGCGGCGACGGCCCCGCCGACGCGGACGCCAGACCGCCAAGCCCCGAAUCAUCCGCGCAGGCGGCAUCUGCGGCGAACGGAUCUGGCGGAAAGGUUCCGCGAGGCGGGGGGAAGGCGGGUCCGGGGAAGGUGACGACGAAGGGGAAGGUGCAGCCAUGGGUGGUGCUGCAGCGGCAGUGGCUUACGAUCUUCCUUGUCGCAUGGCUGCUGGGCGGCUUGGCGCUUGCCACGUGGACCGUGCUGUAUUCGCACAGCGCGCUGCAGGAAGAGCGGUACUCGAGCCUGCUGACGUGGUGCGGCGAACGCGCGAGGUCGCUUGUGCAUCAGUUUCGGUCGUCGAGCGACCAUGCGAUGGUGUUCACGGGGCUGGUGGACGUGUUCGGCGAGGCGGCGGACGGCAACGCGUGGGGGUACGGCAGCUGCAUCACGCGGGAGAGCUUCCAGGCGUACGUGAACGAGACCAGCUACGCGCGCCCCUGGGUCUCCGCCAUCACGUGGAUCGUCUUCGUCAAGCACAGCCAGCGAGCGGAGUUCGAGAGGAAGUUCGGCAUCACCAUCAAGAGCCAGAGCACCAAGGGGCCGUCGCCCCCGCGCGACUGGUACGCGGUGUUCCUCUACAUCUCGGAGGGGUCGCGCACGAACAACAGCGACUGCUGCUACGACGGGCGGCAGUACAGCCGCUUCAAGGACGCGAUCGAGCAUGGGCUCAAGACGCACAACAUCUCCAUCACGCCGACCUUCACCCUCGUCGCCAACGGCAACCGCGGCCUCGGUCUGGGCUUCCCGGUGCUGAAGAACUCAACGGAGGGCAAGCAGGACAUGAAGGGCAUGAUCGGCGCCGUCAUCGACAUGCAGGCACUCAUCGACUUCCUCCUCAAGAAGCUGCUCUCAGCCUCUGCGCCGUUCAAGCUUCAACUCUUCGACGUGACGAACCGCACUGCACCCAUCCCGAUGUACGACAGCGAACGCACGGACGGCUUCUCCACGCUGCCCGACCAGACGGUGGCGCCUGCCUCGGACGAGCUGCUGCAGCCAACCAGGUUCCGCCACGUGGAGCCCAUUGAUCUGAGGGACCCCUCCCGGCAAUACGAGCUCUGGUGCCGGUACACGGAGAACGACACGGUGGCGUGGGGGUGGAGCUCUUUGUCGUGGGGCGUGCUGCUGCUGGUGGUGUUCAUCCUCGUCUUCUACAUUCUGCUCACCAUGGGCCGCCAGAACGCCGCCAUGCGCCGCAACUACCGCCGCAUGGAGGCGCUCAAGGCGCGCGCGGAGGCGGCUGACAGGGCCAAGAGCAACUUCCUUGCCACGGUGUCGCAUGAGAUUCGUACUCCGAUGAACGGCGUGCUGGGCAUGCUGGACUUCCUCUUGGACUCGAAGCUGGACGCGCAGCAGCAGGAGCAUGCGCGCAUGGCGAAGGCGUGCGGGCAGACGCUGGUGUCGCUGCUGAACGACGUGCUGGACCUCGCCAAGGUGGAGGCGGACCGCCUCGAGCUUGAGCACCUGCCCUUCAACCUGCGCUCCUCCGUGGACGACAUUCUCGACAUCUUCCGCACCAAGUCGCAGGACCUCGGCCUUGAGUUGGCAGCGCUGGUGGAUCCCAACGUGCCGGAGGUGGUGGUGGGCGACCGCAUCCGCCUGCGGCAGGUGGUGGUGAACCUCAUCGGUAACAGCAUCAAGUUCACGCAGCGCGGCCACAUCUUUGUGCACAUCUCCGCGCCCUUCGCCGCCAUGCCCGUGCCCUCCUCCCUCCCCUCGCCCCUCACCCUCCGCUCCCGCUUCAACACCCUCGCCGCCUCCGCGCCCCCCGCGUCCGCCGCGCUGGCCGCUCGCAAGCUGACAGCUGGCGACGGCUGGGGGCUGCACUCGGCCGAGGUCCAGUUGGCGUGCUCCCCGCUGCGCUCCACCGGCCCGAUCUCCGCGUCGCUCGCUGCGAUUGGCCGCAGCAUCUCGCGCGGUUACCAGACGUUGUCGGGCCGCCCGACCUCGCUCGUUUACGGCCCGGGAGGGGCGGCGGGGGCGGGCUUGGGGCAGCCGAGUUGCAGCACGGGGGACCUGGUGGGGUGCUUCCCGGCGCUGCUGCAGCCGGGGUACUCCCAGAUGGAGGACGGGGUGUCGGUGGGGAUCCAGGAGGGGGGGAUGGAGGAGGUGGAGAAUGGAGCAGGGGGGAAGGGGGGCGAGGAGGAGAUCAUGGUUGGGGAGGGGGAGGACGGGGAGGAGGGGAAGGAGGUGGAGAAGAGGGAGGAUGCGAUCACGCUGCUCAUCACCUGCGAGGACACGGGCGCUGGCAUCCCGCUCUCCUCGCAGUCCAAGAUCUUCCAGCCCUUCACCCAGGCUGAGAGCAGCACAGCCCGCACCCACGGCGGCACGGGCAUUGGGCUGACCAUUUCCAAGCGCCUGGUGAAGCUGAUGGGGGGUGACAUGACCUUCGUCAGCGAGCCGGGCGUGGGCACCACGUUCGUUCUCACCGUCAACCUCGGCCUCAUGCCGCCGCGCGUCCCGCGCUCUGUCCCCACGGCCCUCCCCGCGGAUCUGCUCCCAAUGCUGGACGACGACCCCGACGCCGCUGCCAUGAUUGAGAAGUUCCUCAACCGCGCCGUGCUUGUCGUCGACGGCCUGCAGGUGCGGCAGCGGGUGGCCAGCAGCGUCUUAUCCCGCCUCGGGAUCACUCCGAUCCCCGCCACGGACGCUGCGUCAGUGCCUGCGAUCGCCACUAGGGGGUUCCUCCGCGGGCCUCCCCUGCCCGGGUCGACUACGUUUGAGGACGACAUCCGGCCGUGGGACGCCAUCUUUGUGGACAAGGACGCCUUCGGCCCCAAGACCGGCUUCCAGGUGGCCCGGGCCAUCCAAGAGGCGUUUGCUGCGGUUGAGAAGGGUGCUGGGGAGAGGGGUGUGGGUGAGACGAUUAAGGAGGAAGUGGAAGAGGCAGCAGCAAGUGCUGCUGCUGGUGCUGCUGCUGCUGCUGGUGCCAACGGUACCAGUGGCGGUGGUGGUUGUGGCAGCAGCAAGGUGCGCAAGCAGCCGCCGCUGAUUCUGGUGGCGUGCCGGCUGGAGGCGGAGGAGAAGAGCGAGGUGGAGGCGUGCGGCUUCGAGGAGCGCCUGCUCAAGCCGCUGCGCAAAUCCAUCGUGGCCGCAUGCCUCGUGCAGGUGCUGGGCAUCAUGACCACGAGUCGCAGCAGCAACACGCAGAAGCAGCAGCGCCGCAAGGCCAUGCAGGCGCUCAUAGGGGGCAGGCGCAUUCUGGUGGUGGAUGACAACGUGGUGAACCAGAAGGUGGCGAUGCGCAUGCUGCAGCGCUAUGGGGUGCUGUGCGAGGCUGUGGACAGUGGCAUGGCUGCGCUGCAGGCCGUGCAGGACGCCGAGGGCCGCGGGCAGCCCUUCGAUGCCGUCUUCAUGGACGUGCAGAUGCCGGGCAUGGACGGCUACGAGACCACGCGGUCGAUCCGCAGGCGGGAGAGGGAGAACGGGGCGGCAGCCAUCCCCAUAUUCGCCAUGACUGCUGACGUCAUCAGCGGCAGCCGCACGCGGUGUGAGGAGGCGGGGAUGGAUGGGUUCGUGCCGAAGCCGAUCGACGAGGAGCAGCUCCACGCCACGCUCUGGAACUGUUUCGGCCGGGCCUAGCUCACGGGCUUUGACGGGCUUUUGUGGGGAGACGGUGGGGAUAGAUGAUGACUCGUUGGGCUGACAGCGAGGGGGCGGGUACGGAUGGUUUGUGCCCGAACUGAUAGAUGAGCCGAGCAGCUGCACACGACUGUGGAACUUCUUCUGCCGGGCUUAACUUAUAGAGGGGUUUGGGUGGUCUGGCAAGCGGUUGACUGGUGCAGUCAGACGUGCGGAGGCGGGCAGCAUGGGUGUGUGGCCACGCCUGUUGAGGAGCAGCAGCUGCACGCUGCUCUGUGGAACUGCUUUGGGUGAGAUUAACCGAAGGGGUUUGAGUGGGCAUUUGACCCGUUUGGCUGACAGUGAGAAAGCUGACAUUGACAGCUUGGCGCCUUGGGCGAUGGACGAGUAGCAGCUGGACGCCGCACUUCCCUAUUCUGGUUUGGGCGCGUGCAGUGGAGGGGCAGGCAUGCAUGGAUGGGCGCGGCCAAGCAUGGAUGGGUGUGGCCACGCGGAUAGGAGGCAAGCAACUGCCCGGUGCACGCCACACCAUGCAACGCCAUGCCACGAUGUGGGGAACUGCUUUGGGCAGGGACAGUGAGGGGGCUGGCAGGGCUGGGAUGGGUGUGUGACCAAACGUAUACAAGACACGAACGGGCAGCUGGCGGGCAGUUGGUGGGAUUGCACGCCACGCUGUGGAACUGCUCUGGACGGAUGAGGGGCUGUGUGUGUUGUGUUGGUGCACUUGCAGGCCGGCCCAAGGUGCCACACGUGUACACUUUUGAGGCGUCUCACACGUGGCAAGAGACUGAAUGAUUUAUUGCUGCGUGAGAUUGGCCCUUGGGUCAAGCAAGGGCUUGCAUGGUGAUUGAUUGCUGAGUGACGUUCUGAUUUGGUGAGUGCCCCACUGUAGGGUAUCAGAUGUGCAAUAAAUGACUUAUGUGGUACGGUAGGGGACGGGGUGUGCUCCUGACUAAUGUGAUCAAUACUGCGGUAAGCUUAUUUGAGCCAGCCUUGGCAACAGAUGCUCUCUUAGAACUUCAAACCAGUACUCUUCGUAACAUUCUAUACAUUGUAACAUCUUGUUUCCUGAAAGC